AUGUCCCCGUCUCCAUCGCCCCCGCCCAAACCAUCCGCCAUCCGCCUGCCCUCCUACCAGGAGCUCGUUGCGGACUGCAGCCUCGACACACCGCUCCCCCGGCCCCGGGCCGGCCCGCCGGUGCAGCGCUACGCCACGCUCCCGCCACUCAGAGUCCCCCCGCACCCGCUGAGCAAGGCGGACCUCGCGCGGUUCGGCAGCGCCGUGCCCAUCCCCCCGCCCUCGCCGCAGUCGCCGUACGGCUAUCGGCCGAGCCCCGUGUCGGUGUCGGCCCCGACGCCGACGAGCGCGUCCCCGCCCGCGACGGCGUUUCCCGGGCCGCCGCCGCCGCCGCCGAUGGGCGCGCAGUACGAGCCCGAGCUGCGGUUCGCGUACGCCGCGCGUCCCGGACCCGGCGGCGCACGUGCAAAGAAGCAGGCACUUUCAUGCUUCUUUUGUCGCGAACGCAAGAUUGCGUGUGGGCGCCCGGACGACGGGACGAUUGACGGGCGGUGCAAUCAGUGUGCUCGGAGGAACAUUCCAUGCACGUACCCGACCAUCUCCCAUCGCGGGCAGCACUCCCGUCUGAAGAGCGCGGCGCGCAAGGUCGAGCACGCGCACGCCCAGCAGCAGGCCGCGGCGGCCGGGCCGUACUCGCCGAACAGCGCCAGCGCCGGCUCGGACCGCGGCGACAGCGCGUCGCCCGGCGCGGACGCCGACGGCGUGCAGCUCGCGCACCCGCAGUACCGCGGCGGCGGCGGCGGCGCGUCGUGA